AUGGCGACGGCGAUAACUUCGCAGCUACUCGAGGAGGAGCAGAUCACAGAGAUGAGAAACUUGCGUGCUGGCCUGAGCUUGGAGUUCCAAGAGGAGGGCGCGCGGCUGGUGGUCCGGGCCAAGGCCGGCCUGAAGCGCAGCGCCGGCGCCGAGGUGGUGGCGGCCUUGCUGAAAGGGGAUCGGAAGAUCCGGGCCCUGGACCUCCGGCACUCCCAGCUCAACGACAACGGCUUGGCGCAGAUUUCGCUGGUGGUUCGCCAGACCGACCAGCUCGAGGAGCUGCACUGCCAUCCCGUGGGCCACACGGGGCUCCAGUUCCUUCUCGGCCUGGUUCGGCGCUGUUCCCGGCUCCGAAUCCUCAGCGUGGAGGUCUGCGAUUGCCCGACGCUUUUCGUCGGCCGACAGACCCUUGCACCAGCAGACUUCGACACGUCCGACUACACUGCGCCGAAGGUGGAGGUGGAGGAGGAGGAAGUUGAAGACCCCGAGGAAGCCGAAGCCAAAGCCGCUGCCCAGGUGGAGAAGCUGCGGCAGCUCUUUGCAGAGAACGACUACGAUUCAGGGGACGAGACGGCGCCCAAGGAGGAGCUGAGUGGCGCCAGUGGGGUGCUGAGGAAGCUACUCCAGGAGCUGGCCGCCGCCGUGAGGGAGAGGCCCAGCUUGAGCUCUGUGGACUGCUUCGGUGAGAUGGUGCCCUGGGACGUGAAGCUGGACAUCACCAGAGCUGCAGAGGAGCACCAGGCCCAGAAGCAGAAGCGACUCGCCGAGAGCCAGGAGGCAGGCUCGCGCACGGCUUCCGACGUCAUGAAGGACCAGAUGGCGGAGAUCACCUCCAUCCUCCAACACGUGCAGGAGAGUGGCAUCGAGGGCGUUUUGCCUGGAGAGGAGGCCUCGCAGAAGCCGAGCUUCCUUGGAAUCCGCUCCUACAUCGGACGAAGGCUCCACUCAGCGCUGGGCGAGGCGCUUUUCGAGUGCCAGCGUUUCAAGUCCAAGGAGAACAAGGCCCUCAAGACGCCGCAGGGCGAGAUGGCCUUCCUGGCCAUGUACCUGCGGAAGAUGGAGGCCGAGGCCCAGGCCGAGGAGGUGGCCGUCGAGGCCUAG